CCUGCGUGGUACCGAAGUGCUAUGUAGACGUCGGAAUUCAUGCCACUAAUGGAAGACCGGAAAAGAUGACCGACGCUGAACAGAUUCUGAUAUUUUUGCUGUGUGCUUCAUAUACAGGGCUAGCAAUGUCUGAAGGUCUGUCCUCGACGCCGCCUACGGCCUGUAACUCCUCUGUGGUGAUGGCGUGUGAAUGGGGAAAGCCUGGAAUCCAUUAUGAACGAUCAUUGGACCCAUGCAACUAUUACGAAUACUGGGGGAAUUGUUUGAAGUUUCUGGAAGCGAACUGCCGUGGGGACAGCUAUUAUGAGGAGCGCGUGUACAGCCACCAGUUUGAUGGCGUCUACUAUUGUCCAUGGCAAUUUCCAGGAGACCAACCCGUCCCGGGAUGUGACAAGCGAAAAAUGUUACAGUGUAAGAUAAAAGUCGGCGAGGAAAAAAACAAACAUGGGGCAGGAGAUUGUCCAUAUCGAGAGAGGUAUAAAGUCUGUCUGGAGAGUUUCCGGGAUACCUGCUCUGAUUAUCAUCUGUAUCAUCGUGAGCUCAGUUCCUGGAAGCACAUCACGCAUUUAGACUGUCCUCAUCUUCUUGGUUGCAAUAUAACACUUUAUAAAUCAUGUUGGGAUAAAAUGGAAUUGGGAAAAUUGAAUAUCUACGACAUCAGUUCAUUUAAAAACCUAUGUGGUAAGAAUUUAAACGAGACCAUGACAUGCCUUUUAGACCAAAGAGACAGGUGUCAGUACUCAUCGGAUUCUGCUCUGUGGGACUCUAAGUGGGAAUUCCAGAUGACUCUUUACUCCUGUUACGGAGUUCCAGAAUGCAACCUCGCUAUGUUACAUCAAUGUGCGAUAGACCACUACUCCGAGAAUCUUUGGAUGAUGACCGUACCAACCCCUCAACAGGCCAAGGCGGUCUGCAGGAACUAUAAAUCUUACAUGCGAUGCGUGGCGCCGUACAAAGAGAGUUGUAUCCAGAACAAGGAGCGACUCCAGGACAUGGGUACCGAGUCACUGUACUCGGUGGUUGACAGAAUGGAAACUCUUUACCAGUAUGUUUCCUUACUGUGUGAGGAUCAUUAUGAGGAUAUCAUCCAAUAUGGCGCCGGCUGUUUUGAUACGUCGUUAACAAGCACGGGCUUGUUUUCUUGUGAAUCAGAUAGGCACCCAAUAAAAGACUACGCUCCAGAUCAGAUAAGGUGUAUAUCUCUACAGAAUCAAACGUCAUGCAUCAGAAAUAUAUUGUCUGGAAUGGGAAGUUGUGUAGAAAAGUCAGUAGAGGUAGCUAUUGCAAUCGCCACGUCGUUCGAAAACUUCCUUCUUGCACUUCACCAUAGAUUUACCUGUGAAGGAUCUUUGCCGGUUAAACUGUCUACAAGAGCUCCAUCAACGACAAGUACUACAAUUACUACAACAGGACGCCCGAUUCCGGAUGACGUCGGGUCUUCCAUAACUUCGUCAUUCUUCUCUCAGUCGCCGACACCUGCGUCACAGAAUGACGUCAGCAAGUCAACACAUGUUCGAUGUGGAUACUGGAUGCCAGUGCUGGUUCUCUUACUGACGUUUUAUAUGUAAUGGAUAAAUAACGAGAUGGUGUUGAAUAGUUUAGAGAAAACAUUCCCUCCGAGGGCCGAAGGCCCGAGGAGGGGAUGUUUUCUCUAAACUAUUCAACACUAUCGAGUUAUUUAUCUUACUUAAAAAAAUUCCCCCAUUUGAGCCUCUAAGAAGCAUUGACCCAUUCAUAUAUCCAACUGUGAUGUCAUACAAAAGUAUAAUUCCAGCAAUACCAUACACAAUAGCCUAACCAAACACACCUUUUUAAUCAUGGACAAGUGAACAGGUGUGCAUGUUAUAGAAAAUCAUACCGUUGUACUGAGCAGACAUGGAUUUAGAAGAUGAAUUUUUAACGCAAAGUACACACUUGUACAAUGUUUAUAGAGAUCCACAGUUAUUGGAAAGACAUGGAUACCGUUUGAAUGAAUGAUAUUUUAAACUUGCAAGGAGAAAGGAAAAAUCAGAACUUUGACGUCAAUUAACAGGCGAUGAUUUAUCUAAAAAAUUGAUAGGAGUCUUGUGAAGUCAUAGUGCGACAAUAUUUCCUAUAUUGUUAAACUAAUUAGAAGGAGUGAUAUACAUUGUAGUUCAAGGUUCAAAGAGGAAGUCUAAAAAGUUUAUGAAAGUGAUUUAUAUGUGAUCCCGAAUCUAUCAAAAUUAAGAAAAGGAGAUAUUUCUGCAAAAAAAUUAUUCGUGGCUGAUCGGAUAUACAUUUAUGGAUGACAAAAUUCUGUUUUAUAAAUUUGGAUUUAUGUUGGAAAUACACGUUUCAACAUUUUUUCAGUUUUCUUUGUUUAAUGCCCAGUUGGAUAUUUGAAUAUCCAACUGAUUGACGGUUGGAUAUUAAAAAUAUCCAACUCCUAUCAGUUGGAUAUUCAUAUAUCCAACACCUGCUGGUUGAAUAGUGAAAAUAAACGUUGACUAAAUACAAUGGGUGACGUCAUAGAAGUUUUUUAAUUGAGGAUUUAAAAAAAACACUUUGAAAGUAUAACACUCAUUUGGCGUGUAAAAUGUUGCAUUUGCUGUUCUAAUUUUGAUAUAAGCAUUAAAAACGUGAUUAAAACUGUUAUUCGUAGUUUAAAACAUAAUAAUAAUAUAAAUUUCAUUUUUAUGAUUUCAUUAAUAUUCGUUGCAUGUUAAUUUUCGUGGAUUCUGUUGUUGGGUCGAUCCACGAAAUUGAAUUUUCAUUGAAAAUCAUUUAUUUAUUCAAAUUUUGGAUUGAUAGUAUCACGGACCACAAAUUAUACAUGUACCUAUCCUUGACACUGCAUGUGGUUCUCACUUAUGCACAACAGUAGAUGUCCAUAAAUAUUAUUAAAACUACAGUGCAAUCACAAAUUCGUAAAAUAAAUUAUGGUGGAAUCUUGUGAACUAUGUUCAAGACGUCUGAUUCAUAUUCAGAGAGAUGUUAUCCAUGUAAUCUAAUGAUAGCAUUUUAUAAUAAUAAUUGGAGGAAAGGAAUGCAAUCUUUUUUAUUUUAUCAUCUACAACUCGCUGCGUGGAAUAAUGUACAUGUUAAUAUAUAUAUAUAUAUA